UCAUACUCAAUUCAUUCAUCAAUGAUGAUCGAUUUUGCGAUAUUUUUUUACUACUAUUACUGCUGCUGUUUUUAUCGUUUCCUUGGAGACAUUUUUAUUUCCAAACUAUACAAGAUAGCUUACAUGUGACUCAGAAAAUCGAACGAUUGACAAACAUGAUCAUCAUUCUCAUAAUUGAAUAGCCACAAUGUCAAUUAAUAUUCAUAAUAAAAUUUAUUACAAAAUUUUUCUAUUUUCAGCCUGGGUGCUUGCAACAUUUUACAUCUCACAUCUAGUAGCCGAAGCCCGUCAAACGCAAAAAUCGGGUGAUAUGGCAUUGGAUAAUCAUACAACCAUACCGGUGAUGAUGACCGGCGCUGCCAUAUUGGCAACGACCGUUUAUUUCAUUUAUCAAUUCUGGAUACGUAACAAAGCAUCUGGACCAAAGUUGUUGGAAAAUCCCAAAGAAAAAUAUUCAGUGGCUUUAACAGAACGAGAAGAAAUCUCACAUGAUACUCGUAGAUUUAGAUUCAGUCUACCGACUAGUGAUCAUAUACUCGGUCUUCCAAUCGGUCAACAUGUAUACAUGUCGACUACAUUGAAUGGAAAAUAUAUUUCACGUUCAUAUACACCGGUGACCAGCGAUGAUGAUUUGGGUUAUGUUGAUUUUGUCAUCAAAGUCUAUUUUGCAAAUGUCCAUCCAAAAUUUCCCGAAGGCGGUAAAUUAUCUCAAUAUUUGAAUAACAUGAAAAUCGGUGAUAAAAUUAAUAUUGCGGGGCCAAACGGAAAUUUGAUAUACAAAGGAAUGGGAAAAUUCUCAAUCAAAGAAGGCUAUGGUUCACCAUUUACACAACGAAACUAUUUAAAAGUUGGAAUGAUUGCUGGCGGUACUGGCAUCACUCCGAUGUUGCAGAUCAUUCGACAUGUAUUUAAAGAUCCCAAAGAUAAAUUACAAAUAUGGCUUUUGUAUGCUAACCAAACAGAAAAGGAUAUUUUACUACGAAAAGAAUUGGAAGAAGUUUGCGAAAAAAAUUCUGAUCGUCUGAAUCUCUGGUAUACAUUGGAUCGACCUUCAGAAGGUUGGCAAUAUAGUACUGGCUUUAUAAAUGAUGAAAUGAUAUCGAAACAUUUACCACCACCCAGUGAAGAUACAUUAAUUCUUAUGUGUGGUCCACCACCAAUGAUUAAACAUGCUUGUUUGCCAAAUCUUGAUAAACUUGGAUACUCAGAAAAACAUAGAUUCGCCUAUUAAUUUACAAACCAAGAAUCUUUAAUAAAAUCAUAUAAAACAUUUAGAAAAAUAAAUGAUGAGUUAUUUUAUUUUAAAAAA